AAAGAUUAAAAGUAAAAGCUCUAUUUAUAUAGUGGUAGCGUAUUAUUGGCUGACAACAGUCAACACAAACCCCUUUUUUUCAUCAGGGUCUGUUUGGAAUUUUAAGUAAGAAGUUAAAUCAGCAUUAUCCAAAAUAAUGGUCUCUAGUGAAUUUAGUAUCAUUGAAUUCACUGAUUUAGACUAUUUUAUUAUAAUAGUUUAAUAAUAUUAAUAGUCAAUUGUCAAUAGUUAUUAAUUAGUUAUUUAUUAGUUAUUGUCAUUGUCAUUGUUACAUUGUUAUUGACAGUGAAUGUGAAUGAUUGAACAAUGUUGUUGUCGUUGAUGACUCACCCUCAUCACACUCACAGUCACAAUCACAAUCUAGUGAAUCUAGUUUUAAAUAUUUAAUAGUAAAACUAUAAUUUACUUCUAUUAUUUAGGGCCUUAUAUAUUAAUAAUUAAAUAUUAAAUAAAUAAAAAUUAUAAAUAAAUAUAUAAUAGUAAUAGAUUGUGAAUUGAGUAAGACUCGCACUUACUACUUAGUAAUUACUAAAAUUAAAAUAUUAUUUAUUAUAAUUAUAUCAACUCAUAGUCAGGGCAGAGUGAGUAGUGUCUUACUCUUAGCUGCAGCUUUGCCAUUCAAACAGUACUCCUCUUACUUGUACUGAGUCAUACUUUUUAGUCUAAAUAAUAAUUCAUCAUAGCCCAUACUCAUACUCGUAGACAAAUUUGAAAUAUUAAUUUAAAUUAUAAUUAUAGUAAAUGAAAAGGCAUAUCAGUAUCAUAUUAAGUUAUUAAGGGUCACAUUCAUUAUUUUCUAUGACAUUCUUCAUUCUUUAAUCAAACUCAACACUACUGGCUACCUGGUCUACCUUAAAUAGUAAAUAGUCAAUACUAAUACUAAUACUUGUUCAAUAAUCAUUUUUAGUAACAUAUAGUAAUAGUUAUAAUAAUCAAUUAAUAGCCAGAUCAAUACUACCCAAAAUCAAUAAUAUUCAAUAAUAAUGGUGAUGGUGAUUGACAGAAUUUCAGUAAUAGUCUGACUGAAUAGUCUACUCUUACAAAUGAGGAAUACAUACACAGAUUACUGUACAGCAAACAGUGAUCAAAAUAUCUUUAAUUUUUAUACUUACGCUUUGCAAUAAUACACAUUUAUUUAAGCACAUACUUCAUACAAUAUACAGGUUUUCAUUAGCAGCUCAUUAACCUGAUAUUAAUCUAACAAUACAGUGGAACCUCAGAUAGUGAAUGCCUCAUUUAAUGAACAAUUCAGUAGACAUUUUAAGCUUUGUUAAUAAUAUUUUGAAAUUGAUAACCUUCAAAUUCGAAAGAACAAAGAGGCAAUAAAUGUGGCUUUUAUGUUUUUUUCAUGUAAAUGUCUGCAUAAAAAUGUUUGUUAAAUGUAUUUAUAAAAUAGGCCUAAUAAAAAUUAUUAAAAAUUUUAAGACUUAAGAAGUUCCAAAUAUCAUUGUAUAAGUAUAAUCCUGAAAAUGUUUCAGUCUUUGUGAAUAUAAAUUUAAAAAAAAAAUUAUAUUCACAAAUCAACAUAUUAUAAAUAUGUUAAUUUUAAAUAGUGUAAUUUAUCAAUAAACAGUAAUAUAUUUAUAAUGUUUUAAUUAAAUUUUUAUAACAUAUUUAAGAAAAAUGACAACAAAAUUACCUAGACAAGCUUCACUCAGCUCGUCACGCAGUGACCCGAGUCAAAGAAUUAAAGUCCUCAUAGAGUAUGGAUCCAAAGUUGAAGUGGAUAAAACACUAGCUGUGAAAUUAUACUUCAGAUCUGGACGAGAAAUGUUGAGAAUGGCUAACAUGUUUUGUGAUGAAGGACAAUUAGAGAGUGCAUUUAUUUUAUAUUAUAAAUUUAUAACGUAAGUAUAAAAUAGUGAACUGAAAUUAAUUUCUUUAAUUGGAAUUGGGAAAAUAUUUAGUGAGGUACCAGUAGUUAGGGAAAUUGCUUUUGAAAAUUUCUAGGAUUGUGAUCAGAAACUGUUUUAAUGAUUAACCAAUGCUUAUUAUAAUUAAGACAGUUUGUUUUUGGAGAAGCUGCCUUUACAUCAAGACUACAGAAAUGCACCACCAGAGGAGCUUGCCGACUUUAAGAGAGUAAGUGCAUUUAAAUGUAAGAAACCUGAAAUGUUUAUUCAAAAGAAUUUCUAAAAUAUGUUGUAAAAUAUUCUUUAACCCUUGAAUUUCCAUCAUACCAAUAUAUGUAUUGUUCCAGUUCCCAUUUCCAUGCUUGCACAUCACAAAAAGAUAAUGUUGGUUUUGAAUAUAUAUCUUGAUAUUACAUGGAUACUUCGAGCCUUAAAUAUAUUCUGCGCACAUGUGUUUUCUAGACUGUAUAGCUUGUAAACUGUGCCAUACCUUGACUAAAUGCUAGGAAAUGAGCUAAAAAAAAGUAUGGGGAAACCUUCCUCCCCUCCCCCCAAAUGCAACAACAAAACAAGGGACGUGUUGGCAAGAAGCUUUCUUCGGCAAACAAACAACAGUAAAAACAAUAAUAAAUUUUAAAAACACUUAGCUGCAAAGAAGUAUCCUUGAGAACAGCAAGAGGAAUAUGACUAAAUGCUGCGUGGGGCGAACCAUCAAAAGUGUACCCUACUAACACAAACACUCAAACUGUUUAUAUAUUUAUCUAUAAUAUAUAAACCCCUUUUAAACCCCCCUAGAUUUGCCCCUGUGUGUAUGUGUGUUUCAUUUACAAUUAAAAUAGUUAACAUAUUUUAUGAUAAAAACAAAGUCAAUUUUCAUUAGUCUCUGUUCUGUAAGAAUUUACCAUUGUGGUCCCCUAGAGGUUACCAAAUCUAACUAAUCACUUAGUCAUUAUCAUCAUUAAGCAGGCUAAUUUUUUUUUAUUUUAGAAAUAAUUUAGAUGUCUUGUGUUUAAAUUUUUCUAAUUGUAAAACGUUGUCUUGCUUAAAAUAAUUUAUAUGUACAACGUAAUAAAAAGCGUUUCCAUUUAUUUGGAUAAAAAAUGAAUUUUAUCUUAUUCUUAGCUUAUCCAGUACUGAAUUUUCUUAGGCAGUAUUGCCUAGGUUAUUGGCAAUGAAACGAUGCAGUCUUAAACAUCAUCCCAAAAAUGGUCUUUUAGUACUGUUAUUCUACCAUUCAUAUUCAUCAAAGGCUUUUUUUAAAGUCCCAACAAAAUCUAUGUGUAAAAAAUAAUGUUGGCAUUUGAAGGGUAGAGGUCAAAGGUAUUUUAAGAGUAGCUAUGAGAGACAAAAUAUAUUUACUCUUAGAAAUUUAUUUUCAGAAAGUCAAAAAGGUUUUUCCAUUGGCAGAAGAAAUCAAAUCACAGUUGAAGAAAAGAUAUGUUGAAGAAGAAAAAUUGUUUAUAGAGGAACAGGUAGGGAUUUAUAUCUAUGCCUUCCUUGAAUAUGUAUGUGAUUAUGUUAUUGGUACCUUGAGCUGGGCUAUGAUUAUGUUGCUGUUACAUUGGGCUGGGCUAUGAUUAUGUUACUGUUACAAUGGGUUGGGCUAUGAUGAUGUUACUGUUCCAUUGAGUUGGGCUAUGAUUAUGUUACUUUUACAUUGGGUUGGGCUAUGAUUAUGUUACUUUUACAUUGGUUUGGGCUAUGAUGAUGUUACUGUUACAUUGGGUUGGGCUAUGAUUAUGUUAAAGUCUCUUUUAAUGUUUUAAACAUCUUUAAGAAAAUCUUUUUAGGCUUAAAGCCAAAUUUUGUUUUCCAAGAUGCCAAUACACAAAUCAGUUCUGAAUAACCCAACAACUAUUGAUAACAUUUUGACCCCUGAUAAUGUUGACCCCUGAUAAUGUUGACCCUGGUAACGUUGACCCCUGAUAAUGUUGGCCACUGAUAAUGUUGACCCCUGAUAAUGUUGAUUAAAUAUUGCCAAAAAGCUAAUGAGAAAUUAUGUCCAUUUCAUUUUGCUGUUCCAUGGUAAUCUCUUAAAUAAAUUGCACGAAGCAUGAAUUAAAAUUUUUAAUAUUAUUAAAUUGAUCAGAGACAACUAGAAGAACAAAGAGCGAUUGCUGAAGAAGAAAGGAGGAAAGCCAAGGAGCAACAAGAAAGACAAGAUGCAGAGAUGGCCAAAAAAUUACAGGAAGAAGAGGAAGCUGAAGUCAGGAGCGAGCAGGAGGAGAAAUAUUGGCAACUGAGAAAGCAAGAAGAGGAGAAGAUGAAAGAGAGACAGAAAAAUGAAGGUUUUUUAGUUGGAUUUCUUAUCUGAUUUAGUCAAAGUGAAUUUAAUGAGAUUUUAUUUUGGUUUUUGAGUUUUGACCAACUGUCAAUUUAUGUGUGUAGUGGGUGGGGGGCAGCACAAUGUUUUUGUUGUCUCCUUUGCUAGCCACGCCGCUGUUACUGUUUCCCAUCAGGCAAACAUUUAUAUAAUUAACUCAAUCAUGUCCAUUUCUUUGUUCAAUUUUGUAACGUCAUCUUAUUUACUUUAACAAAUUGUUUCCCAUUCAGGUCUUGACAUAGGAGCUGUAGAUGACAAGUACAGUGAGGCGGUGUCUCAAGGAAUUGGUGCAGACACAUCUGCUCCUGGCAGUGAUGGGUCAGGUGGUCAAGUGGUCAGCCAAGAUGGAGAAGCUUCCAGCUUACCCCCACCCCCUUCGUACUCCCAGUUCCUAAGUGACAUCAGCAAAAAUCCUCCACAAAUCCCAGACAGGGAUCUGAAAAAGAAACUCGUGAUCAAUGAAGGCGAAAAUGCAAAGUAGGUUAAUGAAACACCUUGAUAAGUGUCAGGAUAAGAUAAGAUAAGAUGAGAUAAGAUUCUUUUAUUGAUCCAAACAAAUGGAAAUGUUUUAUGAUUAUACAUCUUCAGCACAUAAAUAAAACAAUUUGAACACAAGACAUUUAUAAUAAAUUAUUUCAAACAGCCAUUCGGUGAGUUCUCUUAGCCUAAUCGGGGACUUAUUAGUUCUCAUUAAGAUGUGAGACUUCAGAGGAAGCAUGCCGGUAAAUUCGUACAGAUGGGGGAACAAAAGAAUUUUUAUAUCUUUCCGUCCUCGCCCUGAUGGAAAGAAUUCGUCCCGAACGACCCGAUCCUAAGUAUCUGUGAUGAAGAGGGUGGGAUGUAUCAUCCAAAAUGUGUUUAGUUUUACAAACACAUCUUUCUUCAAAUAGUUCUUCCAGUGAAUGAUGUUUAGUUUGUGUCUGUUCCUCGCUUUCUUGAUUAGUCGGUUUAUGCGGUGUUUAAUAUCCGACGUUGAAUUCCCACACCAGCAGGCAAUACUGGAAUUAAGUAGGCUUCCAAUUGUUGCACUGUAGAAUAAGUUAACGACUUGCUUGUUUACGCCGAAAUUGUUCAGUUUUUUUUAGAUAGAACAGUCUUUGGUUGAAUUUCUUAUACAGCAAUUUGGCCGUGCUUAUGCCAUGUUAGCUUAUUAUUAAUUGUGACACCUAAGUACUUGUACGCCUCCACUUUCUCCACAUUUUGAUUUUUUACGUUGAGAUCUGUAAUCAGGUGUUUCCCCCUCCUGAAAUCAACAACCAUUUCUUUUGUUUUUGAGACAUUCAACUGGAGAAAAUUUUCGUCACACCAAUUGAUAAAGCUUGUUACUAAGUUACGGUAUAGGCCUUCUCCUUCAGAUAUUAAGCCAACAAUGGUGGUAUCAUCAGCAAAUUUUAAGAUUGUAACAGUGUCGCUUGAGCUUUGAAUAUCAUUGUUUUAUAUUGUAUAGAGUACAGUGUAUUCAACCAACAAUCUUGUAUACAGUAUGCCAGGUAAUGAGUGUCAGUAUGCCAGGUAAUUAGUGUCAAUAUGCCAGGUAAUGAGUGUCAGUAUGCAAGGUAAUGAGUGUCAGUAUGCAAGGUCAUGUUGCUUCAAUCAUGACUUUAACAGUUGCUUCAAUCAUGACUUUAACAGUUGCUUCAAUCAUGACUUUAACUGUUGCUUCAAUCAUGACUUUAACAGUUUCUCCAAUCAUGACUUUAACUGUUGCUUCAAUCAUGCCUUUAACUGUUGCUCCAAUCAUGACUUUAACUGUUGCUUCAAUCAUGACUUUAACUGUUGCUUCAAUCAUGAGUUUAACAGUUGCUUCAAUCAUGACUUUAACAGUUGCUCUAAUCAUGACUUUAACGGUUGCUCCAAUCAUGCCUUUAACAGUUGCUCCAAUCAUGACUUUAACAGUUGCUCCAAUCAUGACUUUAACAGUUGCUCCAAUCAUGAUUUUAACUGUUGCUCCAAUCAUGACUUUAACAGUUGCUCCAAUCAUGACUUUAACUAUUGCUCCAAUCAUGACUUUAACUGUUGCUCCAAUCAUGACAUUAACUGUUGCUCCAAUCAUGACUUUAACUGUUGCUCCAAUCAUGACUUUAACUGUUGCUCCAAUCAUGACUUUAGCUGUUGCUCCAAUCAUGACUUUAACAGUUGCUCCAAUCAUGACUUUAACUGUUGCUCCAAUCAUGACUUUAACUGUUGCUCCAAUCAUGACUUUAACUGUUGAUCCAAUCAUGACUUUAACUGUUGUUCCAAUCAUGUCAUUAAAAGAACACUAAUUUCUUGGACUUUUAUUUGAUUCAUUUUAGUAUUUCAACCAACAAACCGAUAGUUCCUGCUGUGGAUCGCAGUAAAAAACCUUCCAUUGAUCAUCACUUGAGUUUAGGGGAGUAUGGAGGUCUGACCGAUGGACAGCUCAGGAAUAUCAUUGUACCCUCUGUGCUAAUGGGCAAAUUUCUAGCUGCUGCAGAGAAGAACACAGCUGUGGAAGCGGAGACCAUGGGAAUAUUAUGUGGGAAAAUGGUAUGUUAAAACAAAAUAAUUAGUCAGAAUAUGAUCAUAAGUCAGUAUGUGUUCAUUUGUCAUUAUAUGUUCAUACUUCAGACAUGGGCGCCCGCAGAAAACUUUCUAGGGGGGAGCAAAAAAGUUUUAAUAAUGUUUUAAUGUAGUUUUAAUUUACUGUAGCGUAUUUGUAUGGUCAACGAACAGACAGGACAUCAGCUUAGUUACUUUUUCUUUAUUUUCUCUUUACUUUAAUAAUUUUUUUGUCUAUUUUGGUCUAAAAUUUUUUUAAUCCAAUCAAUCCAGGGGGGGGGGGGCAAGUGCCCCCCCUUGCCCUCCCCUGCGGGCACCCAUGAAUUCAGAAUAUUUUUUAUACGUCAGAAAUAUGUACGCUUUUUUUGACCAAAAUUAUGGUGCUUGUUGGAUUGUGUUUGCCUUAUUUAUGGUAAUAGACUGUAAUUUUGUGUGGUCAAUGCCGUACAUUUGUUUGCAUUAUUUAAAAAAAAAAAAUUUUUCUAUCUUAAAGAUAUAUUUUAGGAUAAGACUAUUAUACUUUAUGAUAAGAUUAUUAUACUUUAUGAUUCAAUUAUUAUAAUAUAUUAUUACAUUAUAUCGUUUUGAUUGUGAUUUAAGUUGUCAGAAAAUUCACAAUAAUACAUGAUAAAAAUUAAUUUUUAAAACACAAAAUAUUUUCUUAGCAGAUAUUUAUAAUAUGGUCCACACCUGAUCAAGGGGUUGAGAUCCUCUGAAACGCUUAGAAUUAUGGUAACAACUGGUAAAGUUUUAUUGAAAACAAAAAAUGUUGAAAUAUUUGUUUUGAAAUUUGUCCUAGUCUCAGGGCAAGUUCCGAGUGACCAAUUUGUUCAUUCCCCAACAAAAGGGCGGCCAUGACAGCUGUGAUAUGGAAAACGAAGAAGAGCUGAUUUACUAUCAGGAUGAGCACAAUCUGAUCACACUGGGAUGGAUUCAUGUAAACACAUAGCACAUGCAUUUAUAAAAAUAGAAGUUUCAUGAGAUGUGAUUCCUUUAUCAAUAAAAAACAAGGGAAAUUGGUAGCCAUUAAAAUUCCAGCACAUUUAAUAACUAGAAGGUUUUCUGAUUUAACCAAUAAAGUUUUUAAGUAUGAGGUAAAUUUGUGGGUGAGUGGGUGGGGGUGGAGUGGUUUAUAAUUAAGUAGAUAUUUAAAGUAUACUUUUUUCACUAUGACAGACACACCCAACACAGACAGCUUUUUUGUCCAGUGUUGAUCUACACUCUCACUUUCCAUGGCAGAAAAUGAUGCCAGAAGCAAUCGCUAUUGUCUGUUCACCAAAGUUUCAAGAGUAAGACUUUUUUUUAACUAGAACUAUUUAAACAUUGUUUUGGCUUUUAUUUCACUACCUCAACAUUUAUUCCGUUGUAUUUUUUACUGAACACAUUAGUGGAAAACCUUAAACAUACAACGUAAAACCUUGGCAAAUGUCUGCAAUCCAGGCUAACGACAAAAGUCUGCAGUCAAUGAUAAAGAUGCAGUUAUUCUAAAACUAUAAUUUUGAAUUACAUUUUUGAUCCUUUCAUGAUGUUGGCAAACUACUUGGGAUUAAAUGGUAAUGUUGGCAGACUACGUGGGAUUAAAUGGUGAUGUCAUCUCACCCCCCCCCCACCCCCAUCUUGAAACUUCAAAAAAUGGCAAGAAAAUAAGCUGAAAUUCAAGCAUCUAUUGACAUAACAUUAGAGAUUCUUUAUGAUUUGUAUUUAGAACUAAUCUCAUCUUGCUUGAAAAAUCCCGUCAAUAAAUAAUAGAGACGUUAAAUAUUUUCAGAAGUGGUAUUUUCAAGUUAACGGACCAUGGAUUAGAUGUCAUAGGUUCCUGUCAACAGAAAGGCUUCCAUCCACACAGUAAAGACCCACCUUUGUUUGAGGUA